CCGGAGAGUACCAGAAGAAAUAGCUAGAGCUCCGCGCACCCUGUGAGCCGCUCACGACACUCAAAAUGGCUCGGCGGCCGAGACACAGUGUUUACAGUAGUGAGGAAGAUGACGAGGAUAUUGAGAUGUAUGACCAUGACUAUGAUGGACCUCUGGCCAAGACAGGGAAACGCAAUCUGGGCAAAACACGCUGGACGCGUGAAGAGGAUGAGAAGUUAAAGAAGCUGGUUGAGCUUCAUGGGUCAGAAGACUGGAAAGUUAUUGCUAGCUUACUUACUAACCGCACUGAUGUGCAGUGCCAGCACCGGUGGCAGAAGGUCCUAAACCCAGAACUCAUCAAAGGCCCCUGGACAAAAGAGGAGGACCAGAGGGUAAUCGAACUGGUCCAAAAGUAUGGCGCCAAACGCUGGUCCGUGAUUGCCAAACACCUGAAGGGGCGCAUUGGCAAGCAGUGCCGUGAACGCUGGCACAACCAUCUGAACCCGGAGGUGAAGAAAACGUCAUGGACCGAGGAAGAGGACCGAAUCAUCUACCAGGCCCAUGAGAAGCUGGGCAACCGAUGGGCCGAGAUUGCCAAGCUGCUCCCCGGCAGGACUGACAACGCCAUAAAAAACCACUGGAACUCCACCAUGAGGCGGAAAGUGGAACAGGAAGGCUAUCUGCAGCACUCCUCCAAGAACAGCCCAUCCUCUCUCUCACUCUCCUCUGGUUAUGUCAAGGCCACCGGUCACAACAUGGGUUUCCCCCAUCACUCACCCACUCAUGUGCCGCUCCAGCCCCUGUCCCCACUGAAUUACCAAUACAUCCAUGACACACACCGAGUGCCAUUUCCUAUGGCUCUACAUUUGAACUUCCUGAGCAUUCCCCAGCAUGGAACUGCUGCUAUCCAGAGACACUAUGGUGAGGAGGACCCAGAGAAAGAAAAGAGGGUGAAGGAGAUCGAGUUACUGCUCAUGUCAACAGAGAAUGAGCUGAAAGGCCAGCCAUCACUCCCUGUGAGUCUGUGUGUCUGGUCCCGUAGCUCUGUGACUGACAGCUUAGAAGGAAUGACACUGUCAUUACAUCAUCACCAGGCUGCUGCCCCUGCACUGCCCCUUGACCAAGGCUGCCUACCUGAGGAGAGUGCCUCAUCAACACGUGCCACAUGCAACAACACCAACAACGCCAAUAACAACAAUGGCCAUCACAGUAGCCCCGCAUUCACCAAUGACCUUCCAGAGUUCAUGGAAUCUGUCCUUGACUCGUUUCUCAACCAAUCGAUGAGUCCAGAACACUCUGACAGUGACAGUCUGCCAAUCAACUCACCUGUGGACUCCAAACCAAUAAUGAACAUAUCCCUACAUCGCAACCACCCACUCAGGCACCAAAAAGAGAAUGACAUGUUCAGGACGCCAAACAUCCGUCGUUCCAUCUUGGAGUCAUCCCCUCGUACCCCCACACCCUUUAGAUCAGCUCCGGCCCUGCGGGAGGCCAAGUAUGGACCGCUCAAACUACUGGGCUCCCCUCUGGAUCAGGCGAUGGUGGAGUCCAUCAAGCAGGAGCCUAUGGAGUGCACCAUCUCAGCAGGGUUGUCACCAGAUGAGCAACGUCCUUUGAAGAAGAUUAAGCAAGAGGUGGACUCACCAUGUGAGAGGAGCCCAUGCAUGCAGUGGGAAGGACAGGAUCUCCACACACAGCUUUUCUCCCCCACUGGCCCUGCUCAGGAAGUACCUGACCUGCUAACUAGCUCUGUACUGAGUGAAGAUGGACACAAAGCCUACCACCUCCCUCAUCGGCACAUGGGCAGCCCUCUACAGCAGCUCAGCUCAUGGGAGCAGAUAACCUGUGGUAAGACUGAAGAACAAGUCUUGGCUUCAGAGCAGGGCAGCAAGUACAUCAACACUUAUCCUACCAGGACACUUGUCAUGUAA